GUUCGUCGCCCUCCUCCCCUUUAGUAUAGCUCCCUCACUGUCUAACUGCUUCCGUGCUUCUCAUCUCUUUGGUGUUGGGUGCGCGAGAACAGAGAAAGAACCCUAAUCGUUCGUCGCUUCUCUUCAUGUUCUGCUCUUGGCAAUCGGAGAUCGAGGAGGAAUUCGACGAGUUUGCUGAGAUUCCGAGAUAACCAUGGCGGGAAACCCUCGGAGGUUCACUGUAGGUUACGCUCUCGCUCCCAAGAAGCAGCAGAGCUUCAUCCAGCCCUCGCUUGUCGAACUCGCACGCCGGCGAGGCAUCGAUCUCGUCCCCAUCGACGGCACCCGGCCCCUCGCCGAACAGGGACCCUUUGAUUGCUUGCUCCACAAACUCUACGGCGAGGAUUGGAAGGCCCAGCUUGACGAUUUCGCCACCAGGAACCCUGGCGUCCCCAUUGUCGACCCUCCCCUCGCCAUCGAGCGCCUCCACAAUCGCAUCUCCAUGCUUCAGGUCGUCUCCGAGCUCGAGAUUCCCCAGAACAGGGAGACCUUCGGGAUCCCAAGCCAGGUCGUGAUCUAUGAUUCCGGCACCCUCUCCAACUCCGGCGUCGUCGGGGCCCUCCGCUUCCCCGUCAUUGCUAAGCCCCUGGUGGCCGAUGGCAGUGCUAAGUCUCAUAAGAUGUCCCUUGUUUUCCACCGGGAUGCCCUCCUAAAACUCAAACCGCCGCUGGUGCUGCAGGAGUUUGUGAACCAUGGCGGGGUUAUCUUCAAGGUGUAUGUAGUGGGGGAUUACGUUCAGUGCGUGAAGAGGAAGUCUCUUCCGGAUGUCUCCGAAGAGAAGUUGGAGUGUUCCGAGGGGUCGGUCACCUUUUCGCAGGUGUCAAAUAUGACGACACAGGACCCAACGGAGGUAGAGUAUUACAUGCAUCUGGAUGAGGCAGAGAUGCCUCCGUUGAGCUUUGUCACCGAGAUAGCGAAGGGUUUGAGGCAGGCGAUGGGACUGUGCCUUUUCAAUUUUGACGUGAUCAGGGAUGUGAAGGUCGGAAACCAUUACGUUGUGAUCGACAUUAACUAUUUUCCCGGGUAUGCGAAGAUGCCAUGUUAUGAAAACGUCUUAACGGAUUUCUUCUGGAAUAUCGUUCAUGAGAACAAAGGACAAGAUGCUGAAGUCUCGGCCAUCAGCAGCAAUGACAAAGAUAGUAAGCUUUCGGUUGGCAAUCACUGCAAGAUGGCAGAAGAUAUGGAGAACGAUGGAUGAGGUUCGCGAAGCUGCCUUUCUUUUAGAAAUCUGAUUUUACUUGAGUACUUGAAAGGUACAAUUUGCACUUCUCUGCAAACUAAGAUGAUCUAAGCAUUAUGAAUAUGGCUGCAUGCUGUGGACUUGGCUGAAUAAGUAGGUUGGGCAUAGGCGUUUCUAACUUUGUGACGAGUUUAUUUGGUUCUUACAUUGACAAUGUACAUCCUUCAUUUUGUGGCAAUAAUUAGUCACACAUCCUUCUAACAUGCGUCAACUGGACAAUUAGAAGUGUAUGGUCUGUGGUUUUUUCAAAAGGAUUACAUUCUGAUUCCAAUCAAUCAGGCAUCUGUAGUACAUGUAAGUUUGCAAUUUGCCAACCUUAUAAACCUACCGUUGAACUUCAGUUUUA